AGUUACUGCCCUUAGAUUCACUCUUCAUUAAGUGAACGUGGAAGGAAAACGAUUCCGCAGAAAUGGACUAUUCAAAGUUUCUGGAUGACAACUUUGAUGCUAAGGAGUGGGUCAACACAGCCUUCCGUUCACAGAAGGACCAGUCUGUGAAUAAAGAUCAAUAUGCCACCACCUUAGUUAUGAAGCUUCAGAUGUUUAUACAGGAGGUCAAUAAUGUAAUAGAGGAGUCCAGUCAACAAGCAGUACAGAAUCUCCCAAGGGUUAUGAGAGAGCUGGAUGCAGUCAAACAAGAAUCAGCUUUGUUACAAGAUCAAAUGAAAAUGGUCAAGCAAGACAUCCAGAAGGUAGAACAGGACACUGCUCAAUCCAUGCAGAUGUUGCUCCAGCUUGACUCAAUCAAAUCUCGACUGACGGCUGCUGCUGAGGGUCUUCAGGAGGCAGAUAACUGGACAACCCUCAGUGCUGAUGUGGAAGAAGUGUUUCAGUCCAAUGAUACAGACGCUAUCACAGCGAAACUGUCUAGAAUGCAGACAUGUUUGCAAAUGUUGGUGGAUACUCCAGAUUAUGGUGAGCGUUGUGGCCAUCUAGAGAAUCUGAAGAAUCGAUUGGAGGCCAUGCUAAGUCCCCAGUUAGUGGCAGCUUUUAACUCUCAGUCUAUAGAGGCGGCCCAGAAGUUUACCAGGAUAUUCUCCGAUAUUGACAGACUUCCCCAACUCUACAAGUACUAUCAUAAAUGUCACAAGACAAAUUUGAUGUCCAUCUGGAAUACGGUGUUGGAGACCAAUGCGGACGAUUCCCUGUCUGAUUGGAUGUCAGAGUAUUACGACCUACUUCUGACCACCUGGCAUAGUCAGAUUAAGUGGUGUAAUCAGGUGUUUGUCGACCCUGUCCCGAUCGUCUGUGACCUGAUCACGGAAUCACUUUCGUCUGUAGACCUUGGUACAUGUAUAACCAAACAUCUGAGUCAACGCAGGGAUAACCUUGUAGCUCUUACAGAACUCAAGGAGAUAUCAGAGAGGUUUUCAAAGAGUAUAGAACAGUCUGUAGAGACACAUGCUAAAGUUGAACAGCUUGAGCACACUCAGAGCCUGGAGAGACUGAUGAUGAUGGUUUACGCCCCAUACAGACCAUACAUCGCCAAGUACAAAUCAAUGGAGGAGGCAACACUGGGGUCUGAUCUCAACAACAUUCGUCUGGAUGAUGCUGAAGUGUUUGAAACAGUACAGUUGUUAGCAGCGUCUGUAAACAAGUUGUUUAAUGUAGCUAAAGAAGCUAAUGACAGAUGCCAGCGUUUAUCUAAUGGCUGUGGCUAUGAAUUUUUGCUAGAUGCUUUGAAGACCUACUUCAUCAGCUACUGUCGCGAGUUCCGUCGUGUGAUGGUGAACAUCAAGGAGAAGUGUAAGAGCAGUCAUAAUCAGGACACAGAGGACUGGACACUGUUCCAGCAGUCUCUUCGCAUCAUACAGACAUGUGGGGACCUGAUAAUGCAUGUUGAUGAAUUGGAUGGAAAUAUCAUCAGCAGUAUUAUGCACACCAUUGUACACUACUCCAACCCUGGGUCUCCCACAAAGGAGGUGGGCAAAAUCAGACUUGCUGGUAAGCGAUCAGUUCUGCAUGCACAAGCCUGUCUAUUCCUGAGUAGUGCGGAGGAUAUUGCUAACCUGGAGAGUCUCGUCAGUAAGCUGGAGGAAGGAGAGACACCAUCUGUACUGACAGACAUCAAGAAAGAGUUUUGUCGACUGAGCGAGGAGGUUCAUCGGUUCUCCUUUGAUAUUGUAUUCGCUCAGCUGAGGGGAUACCUCACAGAUCUGGCUAACAUGGAGAUUUGGAUGUCAAAAAGUGCUGGUGGAGCAUUGACCUCUGACCUUCCCACUUUCAGUCUUUCACCACAGGAGUAUAUCACCAAGAUUGGUCAGUAUAUGAUGACCCUACCGCAACACCUAGAGCCGUUCACAAUGCAGGACAACCCAGCAGUUAUUGUGGCGCUCAAGCACGGCAAACUGCCCUAUACUGACGAAAUGGAAUUGCCGGAACAUACAGCUGACCUGUGGCUGGAAUCUAUAGCUCAUGGCACCAUGCAUUCCUACUGUGAAGAAAUACUCAAAAUUCAUGAACUGACUACACAUGCUACAAAACAGCUGACCACAGAUAUAGACUACCUGUGUAAUGUGUUGGAUGACCUGGGACUUCACAUGUCGGAGACCUUGAAAAAUAUUGACACACUUUUAAAGACGUCAGCAGAAGAUUACCAUGAUGUGACAGAAAAUAUGCCCCAGAGACUAGCUCAUGCCAUUAGUGGUAUGAGGAGGAUAGAUUUGUAGAGACAUGUUAUAUUAUAGGGGUGUGUUUGAUAGGUUAGAAUGUGAUACUCGUACGUGUGCGGGAUGUGUAUGUGAUACUCGUACGUGUGCGGGAUGUGUAUGUGAUACUCGUACGUGUGCGGGAUGUGUAUGUGAUACUCGUACGUGUGCGGGAUGUGUAUGUGAUACUCGUACGUGUGCGGGAUGUGUAUGUUAUACUCGUACGUGUGCAGGAUGUGUUUAUUUAGAUUGAAAGGCACUAUGUGUGUAUAGAAGGGAUGUGUUUGCUAGAUUGCCAUGUCUGUGUGUGUGUGGGGGGGGGGGGGGGGGGGGGGAUGUUUGUUGAGGUUGGAAGGAGUCACUGGUGGGUUGGGGUAGUGUCACUGUGCUUUGGGAAGAAUAUAGAGUAAAAUAUCAGACAGCCAAUUUAAGUUGCAACACCAUUUAUGGGGAAUUCCAUUUAUUCUUGGUUGCUGUUGACAGUUUUCUUCCUCAAUCAGAGAUCAGAAAAUGUUCAUUGACAUGGAUACUCGAGAUGAGGAGACACUCUUUUCAUAUUGAUAAUACUGGAAGUGUGACCACACAAUUUCGUUGGCUGUAUCAAUGGUAAUAGACAAUGAAUGACCGGCCUGAACAAUCAGUGAAAUGUAUUGUGUAUGUAUGAAAUGACAGGUGUGUUGCUCAGAUAAAUCUGGAAAAUUCAUCAGAAGUCUGUUCCAGCUGGAUGCUGAAAGUUUGGAUUGAGUUACUGUAACAGUUGUAUGUGAUCAAACAUCAAGAUAUGUACAACAGAAGUGUAACAUGAGACUGACAAUUGGUGAAAGUUUAAAACAUCUAAUCUGUUGGUGAAAGUUUAAAACACCUAAUCUGAGUAUAUUCUGACCAUAGCUACUGAUAGGACAUUGAACAAUAUACACUUCUGCAUAACCAAAUCAAACCAAACCAUCUUACUUCCAAAUAGAGUGGAUGGGGAGAAAAAUAAAGAUGUAAGUGUUACAUUGUAGGUGUGGUGUCAUUAAUAUACAUGUACAAGUAUUCCAGCUUUACAGCCGGUGGUUUUUGAAAUCUUCAGCCUUUUUCUUUACACACUAGUUUCAGUUAUUUAGCAAGAAAUGAGAUUUCUGAGAUCACCUUACUCUGCCAUGUAAUAUUUUGAUACUGUUUAGUAUUGAGGGUUUAAUCAUUUGGUGCAUUUUAUAUCUUUUAUUAAGGAAACUAUUUGUAUUAUGGAAGUAUGUAGUAUGUUGUAUAUGAUGACAUGAUAUAUAAUUAGCAGGGUAUGACACCACCUCUUGUCAUGUGUAAAACGUAUCAUUCCACAUCGUAUACGAUGGUACAGAUAAUGGUAUUAAUGGUAUUACAUGUUUACAGUUAGUGUUAAUGCAUUUCUUGCAUACAUAUGCAUUGUACAUGUAGAAAACGAAAUAUCUGUUAAAUCCUAUGUCUGUGGUCCAUCUGUAAAUAAUAUUUGUUAUCACUAUUUCUUGAGAAGUAAUGGAAGGAUUUUUUCUCAAAUAUCAUCUAGGUUCCCCUUGGUCCCUAGUUUUGCACACUUGAUUUUGAGUCUGAUCCAGAAAACGAAAUGGAUAAGAGUUGAAGUUUAGUUUGCUGUUUCACAGAAAAUUGCUCUUUGUUCUCUCUUAGGUUUUCCUACUUAUCACCUCAUUAAAGUACAGAAAUGAUCUGUCUCACAUAGAACCAAUAAAGAUCUUUAAAUGGUGGGCACUAAUUGCAAAAUCAGUAUAGUUUCAUAAUUUCAUAGCAAAUUUGCAUUUCAACAAAAUUUGUUUCAUUUGGUGUUUUAUUGUUCCUAAUAAAUGUUAAUGAAUAUAAAUGUUUCAUGAUACACAGUAAAUGGAUACUGUAUCAAAUGCAAUACAUGUAGUUUUCUCCUUCAUGUUGUACAUAAUGACAAGAGGUAUGGUUUUACAUUCUGUGUGGUAGUGUAUACCAGUUACCAGCCAAUAGUACAUUGGGUUGUGUACAGGUGUUUUAAAAGUAUUCCUGUAUCCUACCUUGCAAUGUGGUUUUGUAUGUUAAUAUAUAUUUCACCCUGGUAAAUACUGGCCACAGUAUACCACAUGGCUAGAGAGAACUUUUCUUUAACUUAAUGAUUCUAGGCAGAGACACUGAUUUAAACACAAUUAAUCAUGACCUCUGUUACAUAUACUGUAUAUAUGAAUAAUUAUGUUAAUGCCAAAAUGAAAACAAAUGUUUUCUUACUGGUUACUUUUUUUAGUCUUAAAUUAUUGAUCAUGUAAAAAGAAAUUAAAUGAUUUUUUUUAUGUCACUUCA